CAGUUUGAAUCUGAUAGUAGCAGUGGAUGUAUUUUACUGUUGUAUUCUGUCAUAUUGUCCAGGUCAAUACGAAAGUAAGUGAUGCUCUAGUAAAUGAUAUUUAACCCUUUAAGCCCUAAUAUUCACAUACAAAUUCUUCAAACUAAUACUAGAUAUUUCCUCAAAGAAUUAGUUGAGAGAAUGUGAUAUAAAAAAUCAAAGCAUUUUCCUUUCAAUGAUCAUUUCUUUAUUUCUCAUAACCUUUAGUUUUGAUUUUGUAUCGAUAUCGUGAGGAGAAAGUUGAUGUUGGUCACUCUUGGGACUUAUAGGGUUAAAUGAAUGAUUUAGAUGUAGCGUAUCCACAUGGUUGUUCUUCGUCUACCACUCCUGAUAAGGAUUGCCAUUUAGUGCCGGGGCUGGGCAUUUUCCCCGGCUGUUAUGAGUAUGACCCCUGGCCACUUUCUUAGGACACAAAAGGAAAUAGAACCAAAGAACCUCCUAGCUGUUAAAUCCCCGCCUUCUAAUAAGUGCAUAUGCAUGGCACAUUGCUUAUCUUGUCACUUACGUUGCAUCUCAUGCUGGCAUUUUGAGCUGAUCUUUGCGGAUCAGGUGUUUUAUUCCAAUCUUUGCGGAUUCUGGCUCCCACCCCCUCCCUCCCCUUUUUGGGUUUGUCCGUUGGUAAGUAUGGGGUCAGGUGAAUAUUUUCCACUGAAUUUCCUUCAGUGUGACGGUGCCAGUUGGCGGCUGCAUGCAGGGGUGGUUCCCGCUUGCAGGGUUGCCAUGGAUACCUCCUUGCUAUGUCUGAGGCGCUCAGGCUCCCGUCCAACCAUUAAGGCACCAGUUCUCAAGUUCAUCUAUUGGCGAUGAGUUUAACGGCAAAUAGUUGACUAGGGGCAAAGAAGUAUCAAUGUCAGUAGAAAUCGAGAGUAAGCCUUUGUGUUAUAAUUUCAAGAAAAAUAAUCUGCUAGUAUUAUAUUGCAAGUUUAAUGUAAGGGAGCUUCUGGUGAUUUUUAUCAAGUAUUUAGUGGCCUUAAACUUUUCUUGUUGUUGUUGUUUAAGAGUGAUAUCUGAUAUGGAUGAACCUCAAGGCAGGCUGAUGGGUGCUCACGGCUACUGCACGCAGGUUAGAUUUUCAAUGCAGUACCUGUAUACUACAAUCUUUUCAUUUACGGGUAUCAAUCUGACGACGACGACGAGGAUGAUGAUGAUGAUGAUUUCCCUGACGUUAAUCUUAAAUGGAAUGGAUAGUCUUUGUAGGUUAUGCCUUCGCGUGCCUAUUUAUUUUAAUAGAAUGUUCAAUAUUAUAAUUUUUUGUAUGUCUACUAACACCAUUCUUAGCGCAGUUUUCCCAGGUGCGGUGGUAAGGUGUUCCCUUAGUCCCUUGAUGUAUCAUACAAGUGUUUGUUACUUUGUUUGGUUGUCUGUUUCCGUCUUUCUUUCGUUCUUUCUUAAUAACUGAAAUUUCGUCCAGUUUGAGCUUCUUUUUCAUUAAUUGCAGCAAAAGUCUCAUUCUCGUUCUUAUUACAUGUAUUGUCCUUUACAGGAACUGGUGAACUUGUUAAUAACUGGAAAGGCUGUCUCAAACACAUUCGAUAACAUCAUGGAAGUUGAUACAGGGUGUUCGAAAAAGGUGUAGUAUUUAAGACGAUGUCAUGAAGGAUAUUUUUCAUUGUGGUUAAUGUGUUUAAAGGGUUCCGUUUAUCGUUUGUCCCAAGAUUGUCACUACUGAUCGCUACUUACUUAGGUCCUUGUCAGGCGAUAAAGUUGAUUUCCUGAGUGAGACUGUUUGUACCCCACCCCCAUGGUUGUUAAUGAUUCGUGUACAGUCACCUCCGUUUUACGGACACCUCGCUAAUUCGGGAUACUUUCUAUGGCUCCCUUAGUGUCUGUAUUCACGCGGUUUGGCUGUAUCACGCACCUAAAGCGAUUUUUACUGAUAUGUGAAAAUUUUCCUUGUCCUCGGAGAAAAAAAGCCCUUACUUUUUCUCUUAAUUCAACCCGUGUAAUACGAACACCCCGUUAAUACGGACACUUUCUAUGGCCCCCUUAGAGUCCGUAUGUACGGGGUUUCACUGUAUCACGAACCUAAGACGAUUUUCACAUGUGACAGUUUUCCUUGUCCCUGGAGAAUGAAAGCCCUGAGAUUUUUCUUAAUGCAACCCUCUUAAUACGAAUACCUCGUUAAUACGAACACUUUCUAUACCCCCCUUAGAGUCCGUAUGUACGGGGUUUCACUGUAUCACGAACCUAUUAAAGAUUAUUUUCACUAAUAUGUAAAACGGAAUUACAACGAUUCAAUGUGAUACAACCCCAUCAUCUCGAGAAUAUCUGAAGGAAUUCCCCUUAUUCUCUGCAACUGCUGAUGCCUCUUAGUUUCUUUAAACAUUCUGUUUAAUCUUUCGACGUGAACGUCUUAUAGUAAAGUUUUUUGCUUCCCUAUAAAUGCUAACAUUUACCGAUUUUUUUUUUUUUUUUAGGAUGUCUUCAAAGGGAUAGAUAAACAAAGUGAGAUCGGGUUUCUGUCCUUAUUUGAACAUUACAAAUCAUGCGAGGUUGGUGAUGACUAGAGAUAUUAGCGAGCUUAAGCAACGGUGACGGCGACGGCGACGGCAACGAGGACGGGAAAAAAGCAAUAGGUUUAGAGCCUGUUUACAUGGAGGUGGGGGACCCCAGGUAGGGGAGGUAACCCGCUUAGGUCGGGUAAUCCACCUCUCCAUAUAAUCUCCCAUUUUAAUUUGAUCACGUUUACAUGAUAGGUGGGGUGACCCGCUGUAUGUUACCUCACCUAUCUGGAGUCCCCCACCCCCAUGUAAACAGACCCUUAGUUUGGCAAAACAAUACGCUUUUUUGUGCAUUUCUUUGCCGUCGUUGCACGACUACAACGUGAAGGUGUCGAGGACGGGAACACACGACUUUCUUUUCCUGUACUUUGAUACAGUCGUUUAGAAUUCAACUACAAAAAAUUUGCCAACAUUUGACGAGUUAAACGAGAUGUUAUAAGCGCGAUAAAAUUUGAGGCAACGCGAAUUCACUCUUCAGGUGACUUUUUCGUAGUCGUUGUUGUCGUUGUUGCUUAAGCUGCCUAUUUCUCUGUGUUGAGAGGAAAGAAGGUGGGGAGGGGAGUGUGAUGAAAGGGGCCGGGAGGUGCUUACCCACUGUCACCGUCUUUAGGGAGUUUAAGCAGCGACGUUUUUGAGCGACGCAUGUCAACCGGAAGUGAACCUUUUCUUGCAAUGACACUACCAAAUUUGUUGUAUUGCUAUGUGUCUUUUCUCUUAUGUGUUCAAAAUCACGGCUCAAGAGUGCAAAAAGCACUUUUCCGGUUGACGUGCGUCGCUCAAAAUCGUCGCUGCUUAAACUCCCUUUUAUUUUUCUGCACACCUCCAAGGCUCCUGCCUGAUUCUUCUUUGUACAAAGGUUAAGAGAGUUUAAGUGGAACAGAACUCGUUGUUCUUCUUUAAUACAUUGAGGCAAACCUUAGGGCGGAGCUCCCGUCCAUGAUAGUGGACCUUGGAAAUGAACAGACUGUUAGACGUUUUCGUAGCCGUCGCCGUCCUUGUUGCUUGUUGCUUGUUGCAGGAUAGAGCCAUCUCUAUAGAUAGGCUGGUUGACUUACGUUGGUUUCCAACGUCCCGAGUAGAAAAUAGAGGCGACUGAAACAAUCCAGAUUGUUCAAUGGAAAUCAGGCUUAAGGUUUAACCCUUUAUUUCCCACGAGUGGCCAACAUCAAUUAUCCCCUAACAAUAUUAGUACAUUAUUAAGAGACCGGGUUAUGAGGGGCUCGACCCAGUUUUUUUGGGGGGGUACUAUCCUACUUUGAAGCUCUCUGGUAUCCCCACCUUUACUUUUAUCGUAAGUCUAACACAUACAAUGGAUAACAUAUAGAUCAAUCUACAAUAUGACAUAAAAUUUUUGGCGAUCGGAGUAAAUGGCACGUGGUUAUAAUGCCACGCCCCUUUGAGGUCCAAGUCGAAAAUCUGCUGUUGCCGGCUUUUUUUCGUGAAAAUCUCUCGGCUACACAUAGUGCGAAUUAGUGCCUUGCGCUGAACAGAGUUUCACCAAAAUCGCAAAGACCCAAUUCGAGAAAUUCAGCGGUUUCCAAAUUUAGGUCAUAAUUUAUGCGAAAAUGAUAAGCAAACUUUACACGAUUAUAUCUAAUAAACUACGAGAUUUAUCCCUUUAUUUUGGGUAUCGUUAUAACAGAUGGGUCCUUGCAAGUCAGAAAAAACGCUUUAGGGCCUUGUAAAUGCGCGCGAUUUCGAGCAAAGCAAACAUAUAGAAAUUAUAGUUUUCGCUAUUUGUUGACGUUUGUCAGCGUUUAAGAGUCCUUCUCACGAAAAAAGCAUUUUCUUAAAAAUUCGUAGUUUUUUUUCCUUCAAAUUUUUUCAGGGCCACAAUUGAUUAACUAACUACCCGGACUCUGAAUUUCAUGGUCAUUGAAAAACUGUGACAUUAUCUUCUAUAAGGCCAAACUUGAGUAAACAUUGAAGAUUUUUAGCGUUUUGGCUGCUUUGUGCUUUGGGAGUUGUCUAUUGUUUCUAGUCUGUCAUUAUACAGCAUUCUUGUUCAGCACGCGUGCAAUGACCACGCUUGGCUGACUUCCGAAUACUCAUCGAGAUAUGAUAAUUUAGUAUGAGAAAAUAGAAGGGAUUCCCGUCACGUGUUGGUUUAAUUAUUGGCUUGCAUUAAACCUAUGAAAAAAUGAUAUUUUUUUAAUAGUAAGUAGAUUUAGUGUGUAGCACUUCUUGAUUUUUUUGCAAAGGCACAAGAAGCACGAGAAUUGAUUAAAAAUUGUGAGUUAAACCUCUAUGUAUCACGCGAUGGCCUGUCUCACUGUACCAAAAUUAUCAUAUCUCGGUGAGCAUUCGAAAGCCAGCUAAGCGCGGUCAUUGCACGCGUGCUGAACAAGAAUGCUGUAUAAUGACAGACUAGAAACAAUAGACAACUCCCAAAGCACAAACUCAGCCAAAACGCUAAAUAUCUUCAAUGUUUACCCAAGUUUGGGCUUAUAGAAGAUAAUGUCACAGUUUUUCAAUGACCAUGAAAUUCAGAGUCCGGGUAGUUAGUUAAUCAAUUGUUAAUCAAUUUUAUGUUAUAUUGUAGAUUGAUCUAUAUGUUAUCCAUUGUAUGUGUUAGACUUAAGAUAAAAGUAAAGGUGGGGAUACCAGACAGCUUCAAAGUAGGAUGGUACCCCCCCCAAAAAACUGGGUCGAGUCACCUUUAGUGAAGAUGCUUUGAUCUUAAAUCAUAUUCUCUCAACUUGUUUUUCAAGGAAAUGUAUGGAGAUCAGUGUGGAGAAUUUUUAUGUUGAUAUUGGGACUUAAGGUUUAACCGGCGUAUAGUUCAAAGUAGCAGUUUUGCUACCCUGCAAAACAGGCGUUAUUUUUCGCGUUUUUCAGGCAUGCGCGAAGCGAGCGUGGAGCACGAGACAGUGCGGCGGGUGAAGGCGCAGAAAUUGUUUCUCUAUUAUUAUUUUUCCGCGCUUUUCCCUGUCGCGCUUAUUUCGCGCUCCACGCCCUCUUAAACGCGAAAAAAAGCGCCCGCCCUGCAUGCUACAGUUGUACUGACAGAAUAAACAAAGAGCAAACUGCUGUGAUAAACAUAUAAGGAAGUAUAAACGCAUUUUUGUUUAUCACCGCUGUUUGCUUUUUGUUUCUUCUUCAGCUUAGAUGGCCAAACAAUAUGAGUAUCUACGAUGUACUGACAAAAUUCAUCAUUUCAUUUGUUACAGGUUGGUGUGAAUUACAAGACUCCCAAUUAUCCUAUUUGGGUGAUAUGCAGCGAGAGUCACUUCAGUGUCUUGUUCUCUAUCGACAGAAACCUCUUGGACGACUGGUAAGCUUAUAGUGACUCGUAAAUGGCUGUAUUCACACUAAAUACGGAUUCUCCGUUUGAGACGGGUUAUCCGUUGGAUAAUUCGCGUCAGACAGAUAAUACGUCUUAGUUUUGGAUGGACAAUCCGCCUGACUUCAUCCAUCUGUAUUUCCGUCAAUUUUGACGGAUUUUCAAGAUGGAUUGUCCGUCUCAAACGGAUAAUCCGUCUCCAGUGUGAAAACAGCCAUUGAUACUAGCCAAUUUACGGCAUUUGAACUUAUUAUUCUUUGAACUUAUUAUUCUUCCUAAGAAUACUAAAAAGCCUGUUAUGUGGUAAUGAGGAGUUUUAUUCCUUCCGUUUUACUAAAAACACUGAUGGUGUAGAAGAGUACUACGUCCUGGUCACUUGUAGUGCUUUACCGAAGGGUUAGAAAAUUACUUCUAUCAGCGAUCAGUUUACCAGCAAAUGAUGAUAGUCGGGCACCAACUGUAUGAUGGAGUGGGAAACUGUCCACCUACCCCUCCCCUAAGCCAACAUUGACACUUACCUCUCACUUAGGGCAAAAUGUUGGCUUAGGGAAGGGGUAGGUGGGCAGUCUCCCAGGAACGUAUACUGAGAUGGGUAGAUGGUCCAAGCUUUGGACACCUAUAAGGGAAAUUGGACCCAGAGUACCCUUGUUAGAUGCUUAUACUAAGCUUAGCAAGCCAUGUUGCCCACACGACCAAGGCUUCUCCCAGUCUCUUGAGCGUGGGAAACCUGGGUGUAUUGCUUUCCUACCCCGCCCUCUCCCCCACUAUGAAAGGAAAUGUCUGCAUGCAGGCUAUCGCAGUGUUACCCCCAGUUGUAUGUCCCCGGGACCCGUUAAUACACCUGAGUGACGUUUCUUGUUAAGGAGUGAACGCGACGGCAGGGCUUGAAACCCGAAAUACAGAUCCGAAGACAAAGAUCCUUGCAGACCGGAAGUCCUGGUCAUAAUUGUUGAAACACUCACAAAUUUCCUCGCCCCUUGCGCUUCAAUGUUUAAUAAAAAAAAAAGUUGAGUCCAACCAAUCUCUUGAAACCAACACUGGGAGAAGGAGAACUCAAAAGGAAAUCAGAGCGUUUAUUCGUGGAAUUAAUUGCGUUAUCUUGUGUUUUCAAGAUUAUGACGAUAAUUUCAAGUGAUAGUGAUUGCAGGAUUAGAUGUGUGUAUAAUGUGCUAUCUAACUGCAAUAUAGGAGUCGACGUAGGCUCUAGCUAUUGAUUGUUUGAUUGAUAUACACAGGAGGUUAGAGAAGAAGUUUGACCUUUAUUACUAUGAUGGUUUGGCUCGGCAGGAUGAGGAGUUAAGAUUGACAGUUGGUGAGCAUGCAUUACUUCGUGUAAAAUGUCAGUGUAACUUAUAUGGCCUUGCUUGAGUACAUAGCUGUUACAGGCUAGGUAGUGGCUCUGAACAAAGAUACUUCAAGGUCAUGAAAAAGUCAGGGAAGUUAUUUUGAGUCAGGAAAAAUUAAAAUUAUUAAGAAAAACUAGCUGAAAAUUGAAAUUAUAAAACCACUGGUUAAAUACCAUUAAUAUGGAAAAACGCAUUUCAGGUUAAUAUAAUCAUAGAGAUGUGUUUUGAUGAUGAAAUUACGAUAGCGUCCCUGUAUUAUGUAUGACAUCAUCGUAUUUCAAUUGAAGCCUCCUUUUUCAUGAAAGAAAGAUAAGAAGGCGUUUUGCAAAUAAAAACACGAAGAAAAAAAAGAAAAGAAAAAAUCAACACCAUGAAAGCGUUUUACAAAACGUACGUUUUAGGUGCCUGAAAACGCCGUUUAAUUGUGGACGGCAGAAGACUUAAAACGGAGGAAAAAAAUGGUUUCCAAAAUAUUCGGAUACGUGUGGACGAAGCUUUUUAGUAAUUUCAUCUUUCUCUUGAUAAAGAUACAACAAAAGAAUGCCCAGAAUACAAGGACACUGAUCUUGUGCCUCCACUGGAACACUGCAUACGAACAAGGUGAGACCACAGAGUUCAUUGUCUGAAAAGUGGCCCUUUCAGGGCUUUGAAUUUGGCCGCUUGGCACAAAAACGCCGUGCUUGGAGGCAAGAAACCUACUUGAACAAGAAAGAGAAAGUAAAUUUCCAAAUAAAAUAAUAUAAGGUCUGUUUUUCUUGUCGUUCUGGUACGUUUCUUGCUCUCCAUCAAAUCGUUUUUGUACCCCGUCAUUGAUGAGCUUGAAAAGGCCCAAAAUGGGAUCAUUCUUUAAGACAGAGGUGCAUUUCAAGGCUCAUUUUCGACCAUCAGGCAAUGUCAUUCAAAUUAAUUCAGCCCUGCACUGUACUUUUACAUGUUUCUAUAUCUUGAGUGUGUAGUUCUAACUUUUAAGUUUGUGGAUGAAAUCCUCGCUAUGGUGUAACCAUUCAAGUAAAACCUCUUUAGCUGUACUUUCAGAUGUUUCUUUUAACUUAGUAUGUAGCUGUUACGUUUGAGUCUGUGGACGAAAUUCUACGACGUGAUCAUUCAAAAGAAACCUUUUAGGCAUUACUUUCACGUCGUGAUGGUACUGUUUUUGCGUGUGGUGCUUGGUUUGUUGGCAAAUUUUUAAGGUGUUACUAUCCAAAAACCUAUUGCUUGCUCGUUAAAGGGGUAUUUGGAAUCUCUUUGAUGGCGAAAAGUCUAGUCGUUGUAGGAUUUCUUCUUCUGACGCAGAAACAGGCGUGUUUGAUGUAUUUGUUGACGUGUCGGGCCGAAUAAAAGCGAGAAUUAUUUUAUGCACCAAGUCAAAAGAUAUUUUUUAACUGAGCGGAUUCUCUCGCGUGGAUUGGUUGAGAGCUUUGUUCGAACAGAGUGCAGACCAUGGAAAUAAGACAAAUAACGUCAUGAUGGCGCAAUUUGUUUUUCUCUUUCUCUCGCGCGCGAUUUUCCGAGAAACUUCAACGUAAAUGGACGCCAAAAACUGGCAAUAUUAUCGUAAGAAAAAAAUCGACAACAAUUUUUUAUGGUCUGUACUCUUAUUGACAAUAGAAAUGACGUCAAAAUGUUCAAAACUUUGCAAUGAAACCGCAGUUCUUGGUUCCACUUGAGUUUUGAAUAUUGUGACGUCAUUUCCAUGGUAGAUAAGAUUACAGACCAUGGAUUGUUAAAACCAGCUUGUAACAUGACGUAGAAUGCAGUAAUUGGCAUGCGAUAAUUUGGCGUCCUUGUCCUAAGAUAGUGGUUAACUAUUAAACCCUUGUGUAUUUUUUUUACUGAUCGUACAGGUGGAAGAAUGCUGUCAUAGACUGGAAUGGAUCGGAACCAAUCUUAUGA